GCCCCAUAACGGAUAAGAUUUCUCCUCCAAAAAUCUUAACUCUAAUCCUUCCCCCACCAACCAUUUAGGCAUCUCAAAAUGCUUAAACCAACUAGGGGAGCAAACCCAAUGGAAGCUUGUUCAAUUCCUAGAACCUCACCACUACCGCCCCUAAUUUCAUCAAUCCCAACCAAACAUUUCCUUCCAUUUUCACUCCCAAAAUCAAAGCCACAUCAAUCAUCAACUUCCUUAUCCCACUUCACCCUUUCAGCAACUCCAAGAGGCUUCGGCUAUGGCACCUCCCAAAAGAAACCCAAAAGGUCCAAAAAGAAGCCUAGAAAAGGCUCCUUCGAGGACGAUGAUGAAGACAAGGAAGAAGAGGUGGAGGAAGAUGAAGAGGAAGGGGUGAUUCCGGAGAUUGUGACGAAUAGGAUGAUGAGCAGAAUGGGUUUAUCAGUGGGCAUCCCUCUAUUCAUAGGGCUGUUGUUCUUCCCAUUCUUUUACUACCUCAAAGUUGGGCUAAAGAUCGAUGUGCCCACUUGGAUACCCUUCAUCGUCUCGUUUAUCUUCUUCGGCACUGCCCUCUUAGGUGUCAGCUAUGGGAUAGUGUCCUCCAGUUGGGACCCUAUGAGGGAGGGCUCACUAUUGGGUUGGAAUGAAGCUCAGAAGAAUUGGCCCGUUUUCUGGCAAUCCAUCUGGGGUGGCUCCAAAAAGAAUUAACAACAUCUAUCUAUCCAACCUUCAUUUCAACAUUUUGGUUUUCAUUUGGUUCUAAUUUUUGCAUUUACUCUAUGUAUUAUGCUGUUGAGGCAGAGACACCACUAUUAAACUUCUGCGAGUAAUUUAUGAUAUGCAAAUAACAAAAUUAUCUUGUCUA